AUGGCACCAUUCAAUAGAUGCUUUGCUCUUUUAGCUCUUUUUGCAGUCUCGUUUAAGUCUUGUUAUUGCCAGAAUGGAACUAUAAAUGCCGCUGGCUGGGCGAACGCUGGUGUUACUUGGUACGGUGAACCUAAGGGAGCCGGUAGCACCGGUGGAGCUUGUGGAUAUGGUGUGGCAGUGGCCAAUCCACCGCUACACGCGAUGAUUUCAGCCGGAGGCCCUUCAUUAUUCAACAAUGGAAAAGGAUGUGGAACAUGUUAUCAGAUUAUGUGCACUGGAAAUUCAGCAUGCUCAAGGAGACCAAUAACGGUGACGAUAACGGACGAGUGUCCCGGUGGUCCUUGCGCCUCGGAACCAGUCCAUUUUGAUCUGAGUGGCAAAUCCAUGGGUGCCUUAGCCAAACCUGGCCAAGCCGGUCAUCUUCGAGCAGCUGGUGUUCUACGUGUUUAUUACAGACGCGCUGCGUGUUCAUAUAGAGGGACUAAAAUAGCUUUCCAUGUUGAUGCCGGAGCUAAUCCGUACUACAUGUCAUUUGUUGUGGAAUACGAAAACGGUGAAGGAGAUUUGGCCUCCGUUGAGAUUCAACCGGCCGGUGGAAGGUUUAUCUCUAUGCAAGAAAUGAGGUCUGCCGUGUGGAAGUUAAACUCUGGUGGUGCUAUGAGAGGUCCGUUCAACAUUAGACUUACAUCUGGUGAGUCUAAAAAAGUAGUGGUAGCUCAGGCUGUUAUUCCAGCGAAUUGGAAGCCUGAUCAGACGUACCGGUCAAUCAUUAACUUUUAG